CCUCUUCAGGGUGGGGAACUCUGAUUACUCGCCAGUUUUCUUGCGUAGGAUUGUUUCACAAAGACCGCCUGACACCGUCGGUUCAUGGUGGGCUCCCAGAACCUGACCGCGGAUCCCGCUCUUUUCCUUCACUUAAGCUUACUUUAAUAUCUGCGUAAGUUUGCGCGUUUGCAUCUCAGAGCCCCUUCAGAUUUUCAUGGGCGAACAUCUUCGCUUUUGCAGUUUGUGGUUGUUUCCCCUCAAAUAAAGGCCCGUUCGGUCUGUGGAGAAGAUGCAGUUCCGCACUGUCCUUGACGUUAACGUUGUGGACGUGCAGAAGAGAAGAAAUCCCUCCAAACACUAUGUCUACCUUAUCAACGUCACUUACUCAGACUCCAGUUCCCAUGUCAUCUACCGAAGAUAUAGCAAAUUUUUUGACCUGCAGAUGCGAAUCCUUGACAAAUUCCCGAUUGAGGGAGGACAGAAGGAUCCCAUGAAGAGAAUCAUUCCUUUUUUACCAGGCAAAGUCUUGUUUCGCCGUAGUCACAUUAGAGAUGUAGCUGUCAAAAGACUGAAGCAUCUGGAUAAUUACUGCAAAGCUCUGAUGAAACUCCCUGCUUCCAUUUCGGAAAGUGAGGAAGUCCUCAAGUUUUUUGAAACCAGAUCAGAUGACUUUAACCCUCCCGCAGAAGACUGUGGAGGAUCCGGUAAACGGAAAUCAGGUCUGGAUGCUUCGGACUCCAUGCUCCUGGAACAAUACAUGGUGGUGGCCAAUUACGAGAAACAAGAGCCUGCAGAAAUCAGUCUCCAAGCGGGUGAGCUGGUCGACGUCAUUGAGAAGAGCGAGAGCGGUUGGUGGUUUGUCAGCACUGCAGAGGAGCAGGGCUGGGUACCCGCUACCUAUCUCAACUCCCAUAAUGGGACACGGGAUGACCUGGAGCUGGGUGCCUCCAAAGCAGGGGAAGUUACUAAGCGACAUAAGGCUCAUCUGAAGAGGCUGGACCGGAGAUGGACGCUGGGGGGUGUCAUCAGUCGGCAGCAGAGCCGAGAAGAGAAGUACAUCACAGUACGGCCUUACUCCAGUGAGGGCAAAGAUGAAAUUGCUUUUGAGAAAGGAGUCAUUGUUGAGGUCAUUCAGAAGAACCUUGAAGGCUGGUGGUUUAUCAGAUACCAAGACAAAGAGGGCUGGGCUCCAGCUUCCUACCUCAAGAAAGUGAAGGAUGAUUUCUCUCCCCGUAAGAAGACCAUUACAGUCCCAGUGGAGAUCAUCGGAAAUAUCAUGGAGAUCAGCAACUUGUUAAACAAGAAGGCCUUAAGCGAGAAGAACGUGCAGACUGAAGGAGUCCCUAAGAGUCCUCAGGUUGGCAGGAAGGAAAUCAGCUUGCCAAUCCCCUGCACUGAAUCCAGCCCAGUUAUUGCCCCACAGGAGGGAAAAAGCAAAAUAGAGCCUGCCUCACCGGCUGUAGCCCGGAUAGCCCCACAUCGGGUGGAAAUAGGUUCCCCUGUCCUGAGGCAAAAACCUCCUCCUCGUAGAGAUACAACCCUGGGAUUUCAGUUGCCCUCCCCUCCAGAGCCCCCUGCAGUUGAAGCAGAGUAUUACACAAUCGCAGAUUUCCAGUCUUGCAUAUCAGAUGGCAUCAGUUUUAAUGGAGGACAGAAAGCAGAGGUGAUUGAAAAGAAUGCUGGUGGAUGGUGGUACGUCCAGAUUGGUGAAAAGGAGGGCUGGGCUCCAUGUUCCUACAUUGACAAACGUAAAAAGCCCAACUUGAAUCGAAGAACAAGCACUCUGUGCCGACCAAAAGUUCCCCCUCCUGCUCCGCCUGUGAAAAAACAGGAUUCUAUGGAGACAGCACCUCCCAGCAGCCCAGGAUCGGAGGCUCCAGAGACUCCUGUAUCUCCUGGGAGGCCAGUUUAUGAAGAGCCAGAAUACGAUGUACCUGCAAUUGGAGAUCUGGACCUGGAAUCUGAGUUUGAGUUUCUGAGGGGGGAAAGUUCCCUGGUGGAUUUAAAGAAUGAAGAAACUUCCUCAGAGAAGGGAUCUCAUUUGUCUUCUAAGCCAUCUCCUGCUUCAUCACUCCACAGCGCCUCCUUUAAAUUUGGUGAAUCAUUUGAGGAUGGCCAAGAAGGAGAAGCUGAGGCAGAGGAGGAGUGUAUCUAUGAGAAUGAUGGGUUCCUGCCCUUUAGGGAGACCCCGGAGAGGCAGUGCAGCAGAGACUCAAACUCUUCCAAAACAAGUGUCCUGUCAGAAACUGGCAAGACUGCAAACCAGGUAUCAGGUGGAUUGAGACCUGCUGGUAACAGGCUCAAAAUCGACUUGAACGAGAGCCCACUUUCAGGCAAAUCUGAGGAAGCAUCCAGUCCCAAAUCUGCUUCCUUUGAGUCAACCCCAGAUCUGUCCAGACCAAAGAAAGACCAUGAAGAGAGCAAGAUGACCUCCUUCACCAAGUCUUCUUCUAAGCUAAGGCCUGUGGUGAGACCUAAGCCGCAGCUAGCCAAAACAUCUAGUGCAGAGAAGAUGGACAUCAGCACCUUAAGAAGACAGCUGCGGCCAACAGGUCAGCUGAAGAAUGGCACCAAAAGUAAAGGUGAAGAUUCUGAGACAGCUUCAGUCAUUUCCUCGGAAGAUUCCUUUUCCUCUCAGAGUACAUCUGAUCUCUCAUCCAUCUAUUCAAAAGGCAGCCGAGGUGAGUCUGACAUGGAAGGCUGCAACCUGUAUCGCACAACUGAUCCCUAUGAGAAAGUUCAAGACUCUGAGCUCAGCUUCCCCGCUGGGGUGGUGGUGGAAGUCCUUGAGAAGCAGGAAAGUGGCUGGUGGUAUAUCCGCUGGGGAGAUGCAGAGGGUUGGGCUCCAACAUACUUCUUGGAGCAUGCCAGACAGCAAGACGACAUGGGAGAGUACGAAUCCUAUGGUACCCCAACGAAACCUGGAUGCCUCAGCAAGUCCAACAGUCUAGAAAAGAAUGAACAAAGGGUGCGGGUGUUGAACAACAUCAACCAAAAUCUAAAGAAGGUCAUGCCACCCAUUCCUUCCAAGCCUCCAGGUGGUCUCUCCAAACCUACAAGCUUGUUUGGCUCACUUAAACAAAAUAGCAACAAACAACAGCAGGUUGUCAGACCUCAGUCUGUCUUCAUCUCUGCACCAAUCAGAGAUGGUUCCAGCCCUGUUGUGUCCCUCAGGAGAAAUGAGUCUCUGAACUCAACAGACAACCCACGUGUCAGCCCCACAGUGCGACGCAAUGCUUCUUUUGGCGCUGUGCCUCGCAGCCUUCCAUCGAACAACGGGAACAGAUCUGGUACCGGUAGCUCAGAGUCUUUAGGCCUGAGCUCUAAGAGGAAUGCUCUUCCAGUGUCUCCUGUGAAACCUAAACCCCACAUCAUCCAUAACAACCUCAGGGAGGUGUACGUCUCCAUUGCAGAUUACCACGGUGACAAGGAGACUAUGGGAUUUCCUGAGGGGACAAAUCUGGAAGUUCUUGAAAGAAACCCUAAUGGCUGGUGGUAUUGCAAAGUUCUAGACAAUGGAAAGCCAAGGAAAGGGUGGGUUCCCUCUAAUUACCUUGAGAAGAAACAAUAAAACUGACAGUGCCAUAAACAUGCAUUUCAAGUCUUACAGAUGAAUUGGUUUAUUCUAAAAGGCUAAUCUGGUACCUUCAUCAAUACAAGUGGCAAGGUAAAAUUUUAAUUAAGAAAUUAAGAAAUAAGAAAGGCUCAUUUUACCAGAUGUAAUCUGGUAAAAUGAGACUAUAUGUUGAAGUGCAUAAGACCUUGCAUGAAAAGCUUGGGAUUUAGUGUCAAAACCAAAGGGCAGUAGAAUUACUGAAUAUUUACCAGCAAUUACAGGGCCUUGCAAAAAUAUUCACUUCUCUUGAACAUUUUCACAUUGUCAUUUUGUAUUAACAGUUGUGUAUUCUGUUGAGAGUUUAUGUGAUAGACCAACACAAAGUAGUGCUGUAAAGAAAAUGAUGAAGUUUUUGCAACGUUUUAGAAAUAAAAAUACGAAAACCUUUACUGUGACGCCACUAAAUAAAAUUAAACGCAACCGGUGGGUCGUGCACUCCACAAUUCUAACUUUUGUGGAUGAGUGGCAAGAAGAAAGCCAUUGUUCAGAGCAGGGGUUCCCAAACUUUUCCAUACCAUGGCUCCCCAAACAGCAUUAGCUUCUGGGCGGGAACCCUUUUGCUAAACCACAGACGAUGCUAAGAAUUAUGUAAACAAAAACAUAAACUUUUUAAAAUGUCUUUUACUAACUAUUCAAUAAUCAAUACAUUUCUUUAAUGUAAGAAUAUUAUUAAAAUAUGUUAACACAAUUACAAUCCCACUGAAUAAAAUUCAACAAACUGUUGAGAAUAAGAACAGUGUUUUUUUUUUUAUCAUCACAACCUUUCUUAGGUCCCUCUAGCGCCCCCUGGCGGCCCCGCUUUGAAACCCACAGGUUUGCAGUUUGCAACAAGCCAUGUAUUGCUUCGGGGGACUGAAAAAUGACACAUUUGAGAUUUGAAUUUGAGAAAUUCAAGAUUUGUAUUACAUUUCCUUUCACUUCACAAUUUUGCACUACUUUGUGUUUGUGUAUUAAAUACAAUCCCAAAGAGAUCCACUGAAGUUUGUGGUUGUCACAAGCCAAAUUGUGGAAAAGUGCAAGCGUCAUGAAUACUUUUGCAUGGCACUGUAAAUUUAACUUGAAGGCUGUCUUUAUUUUUCUAAUCCUUGAACCAUUUUUGUAACUUUUGAAUGCAUUUCCUAACACUUUUUAAGAAAUUAAGGCUCACUGCAUGUUUAAAGUGAUUCAUUAUAUCAACAACACCUUUUACUUAUUUUUUGCUAAAGAAAAUCUAAGCUGCUUCGCGUUAGUCACUUCUUGUUUAUAUAUCUUUAUACUGUACGUCUUCUUUAUGUAAAUCAGUUUAUCCAUUUUUUUAAAUAUUGUUCCAAAGAGACGUAUUGUGAGCAUCUCAGAUUUUCAGUAUUUUGUUAAAGCCAUUUAACUUGCAAUAUCUCGUUUUAUCUAUCUUUUUUCUGAUAAAAUCAAAUCUUGCAUGAAAAAUAAUUUAUUCAUUCUUUAAUCUUGUAUUAAAAAAUCACAGCUUUAAACUGCUCCAUCAAAACAAUAACAUUUUGAAUUUCUGCUGGGCAGUAAAUUUGACCUAAUUCUUUUUUUGGGGAUGCUCUUUUUUAAUGCAAAAUGUGUGACCAUUUACAAUAACUGAAGUGCCAAAAAUGACUCUAAUAAAUGCACUUUUUAACAUA